CCCAGCCCUGGAAAGACGAAACCGGCCAGCCACACAAAUUGCUCAAACUCAAAAGCCACCGCUUUCCCAACGCCAACUUCCACAAUCCAGAAUCAUGGCUAGCUGCAACAUGGCAUCAGCCGCUUCAGGGUUCGUCUUUACACCCAACGUCACAACAACCUCUGCUACCUCGAAGACAAGCGGCACCAACUUCUUGUUUUUCCAACACAAGAACAACAGCAGCGGCGGCGGUUCCAGGCUGCAGCUCGUCGUGAGGGCGGCCGCCGACGAGGGAGCGGCGCCACCUGCUGCUACUACUACAACCGCAGAUGGUGAAGCUCCUAAGGCUAAGGUCAAGCCGCCACCGAUUGGACCCAAGAGAGGAACCAAGGUGAAGAUUCUAAGGAGGGAAUCCUACUGGUUCAAUGGAAUUGGAUCCGUGGUAGCCGUUGAUCAGGACCCCAAGACUCGCUACCCAGUUGUGGUCCGAUUCGACAAAGUUAACUACGCAAAUGUAUCCACGAACAAUUAUGCUUUGGACGAAAUCGACGAAGUGAAAUGAAUGAUUGUAUUAUUGUUGUAUAUUUUUUUCUUCUAUUCUCUACUGUUGUAAUUUUGAACAGUUGGGUGGGUAUCUCAAGUCUCUCCUAUUUCUCCGUCUAAAGCUCAAAUGCAUGCUCAUCCCUUCCACAGCUUCUAUUGC